AUGAGUGUGGGUGAGCUCUUCAUUCAGAUAGUACCAAGCUCUCACUUCAUUCGCUCACCUCGUGAUCGUCUUUGCUGCUCAUCACUCUAGUUCAGAUCGCGCGUUGGCCGACCCGCUGGCAACCGAGCUUCGCACCGAACCGCUCUGUGACUUGUAGGACCAUACUCUGCGCAUCCCUCAUCAGCACCAUCGAAGAGGCGCUCAACUUUGCUGAGGUCUCGAAUUGA